CCUGCACUUCAAAACCCAUAUAAACCUCUCAUUUUUUGCUUUUUUUGUUAAAUUCACUUCACAUAAUUUUUCUCUCUCUAACACAACAACAACUAUUUCUUAGCCAACUUCUUCUCAUCAUCUUUCAAUGGUUAUAGAAAGAGAGGUGGGGCCUAGGGUUUUUCUAACAGCACCUUUAUCAUUGGAGGAGGAAUCAGAUGUGGCUGACUACAGAGCACCUAAUCUGCUCCAACGAAUUUUAAGCCUUUUCAGCAGUGUACGGCCAGGAUCUGAUCUCACACGUAUUCAGCUACCUCCAUUAUUCAACCUCCCAAAAUCACAGCUACAAUGUUAUGGGGAAUCAGUGUAUUGUAUCAACAAUGACAUGUUAAGCAAGUGUGGAAAAGGGGAGAAUUCACUUGAAAGGUUGAAAUCAGUGGUGGGUUGGAGCAUAUCCACUUUGAGGCCUUUGAUGUUUGGUGUGGCUCCAUAUAAUCCUAUUCUUGGUGAGACUCAUCAUGUCUCCAAAGCCUCUCUCAAUGUUCUCUUGGAACAGGUGUCCCACCAUCCACCAGUGACUGCUCUUCAUGCAACUGAUGACAAAGAGAAUAUUGAAAUGAUAUGGUGCCAUAAUCCUGUCCCAAAGUUCUAUGGUACAAAAAUUGAAACCGAGGUACAUGGAAAAAAGGUGUUGAGGCUUCUAAAUAAACAAGAAAAUUAUGUAAUGAAUUCACCAAAAUUGGUGAUUAAACUCCUUCCAUAUCCUGGUGUUGAUUGGAUUGGAAAUGUAACAAUUAAGUGUGAAGAAAGUGAUCUUCAAGCUGAUUUAUGUUACAAAGGAGCUUCUUUGUUAAGCAACAAAGGAUAUAGAUCAAUUAAAGGCAAGAUUUUUGUUACUUCAACUUCAAAGACAAUUUGUGAGAUCAAUGGACAUUGGGAUAGAAGUGUGACAACUAAGGAUAUAAGCACAGGAAAAGUGAAUGAGAUUUACAAUGCAAAGGAAUCUCUAUCUGGAAUGAAGACUCCAAUUGUGAAAGAUCCAAAGGUUGUUAUGCCAAGUGAAUCAACAUUUGUAUGGGCAGAAGUGAGUCAAUCAAUCCUAACAAGAAAUUGGGAUAAAGCAAAGCAAUCAAAGGCAAUAAUUGAAGAAAAAGAAAGAGAAUUUGCAAAAGAAAGAAAAUCCAAAUCUGAAAAUUGGAUUCCAAAACAUUUUAGAGUAUCAUAUAGUAAGGAAUUAGGGUGGGAGUCCACACCAAAUGAGAGGUGGGUCCCACAAGCUCCAAUUAUUGUUCCUACUUGAUCAACUUGUAAUUAGUAGAAUUUUUUAAAAUAAUAAUUUUAGGUCAUUUUACAUCAUUAAAUUCAUUUGUUCUAUUUAUGUAGAUGUAGUUGUAUUCCUAGAAAUUGUCAAUGGCUAAUUCUCUCACUCUUAA